CGUUCGCUCAGGUGCAGAUACUGCGCCAGUUUCUCGCGUAGGACGAUCUGGUUCGCCACAAUUUGUGCGAAUUCCUCCGUCGCAUUGCGGAAACGCUGUCUGUGGACCGGUUCGAAACGCGGUACCAGCUUUGCAGUUUGUUCAGAAGGUACCUCAAAAAAGCCGAAGCGAUAGAACUUUCAGCUCGAGCUUCGAUAUGGAGUAUCAACAGGUCUGGGUGAGAGACCCACACGAUGGUUUUAUCAUUGGUAAAUUCAUCGACAUGAUCGACGGCGAUGCUCUGAUUGUACCGUUGAAUUCGGAACUACCCCAACGAACGUCACCUUUGGACGAGGUUUAUCCAGCUGGAGAACACACCAGGGAUGUCGAAGAUAAUUGCGCCUUGAUGUACCUCAACGAGGCGACACUUUUAAAUAACAUUCGAACGAGAUACUUCAGGGAUAAGAUAUACUCUUACGUUGCAGAUAUUUUGAUCGCUGUGAAUCCGUAUCAUGAAAUGAAGAAUCUUUACUCUACUCAGACGAUGAGAUCCUAUCGGGGAAAAUUUAUUGGCGAAAUGCCACCCCACGUAUUUGCGAUCGCCGAUAAAGCCCUCAGGGAUAUGGAAGUUCGGAAGCGAUCUCAGAGCAUUAUCGUUUCCGGCGAAUCCGGAGCAGGAAAAACUGAAUCCACCAAAUAUUUACUACGUUACUUGUGUGAUUUUUCAAAAUCCACCGCAGGUCCAAUAGAGCAAAAAAUUCUCGAUGCGAACCCAAUUUUGGAAGCGUUUGGAAAUGCGAAAACUAGGCGUAACAAUAACAGUUCUCGUUUCGGAAAAUUUGUGGAAGUUCAUUUCGACGAAAAAUAUGAAGCAGUGGGUGGUCACGUAUCUCAUUACCUUCUCGAAAAGUCUAGGGUCGCUCUUCAAAAUUCCGACGAAAGAAACUACCACAUAUUUUAUAUGAUGUGCGCCGGAGCCCCCGCGGAUCUGAGAGUUAAGCUCGGCAUCACGAAUCCCGACGAUUUUCACUACCUAAAAAAUGGAUGUGGUCAAUAUUUUUGUAACGACUUUUCGGAAAGGAAAUUAGGUGACACGCAAAAAAGUGGGAAACAAAUUAGCAACGGUGGCCUUGAUGAUCCAAUACUGGACGACGUCGAGGGUUUCAAUACUAUCGAUGAGGCACUCGCACGAUUAGGUAUGACGGACGACGAGCGAAUGGAAAUUUACACAAUGAUAGCUGCAGUUCUUCAUCUUGGAAACAUCACAUUUGAAGAUAAUCCUGAGGACGCAAAGGGUGGUUCCAGGAUUACCAGUGAUUCUGAAAUAUCGGUCGUCACUUCUGCCUCUCUCCUGGGUGUAGAUCCCGAUGAACUGAGACAAGCUUUGAUUUCCAAAGUAAUGCAGACUAGCAGAGGUGGAAUCAAAGGAACGAUAAUCAUGGUCCCUCUGAAGGUUCACGAGGCUAAUGGCGGUCGCGAUGCCCUUGCUAAAGUCAUCUAUAGCAAACUAUUCGACCACAUAGUUUCACGCAUAAAUAAAAGCAUUCCAUUCGAAUCUUCUAGUUACUACAUCGGAGUGCUUGAUAUCGCUGGAUUUGAGUAUUUCCAAGUGAAUAGCUUCGAACAAUUUUGCAUAAACUAUUGCAAUGAAAAGCUUCAAAAUUUUUUCAAUGAAAAAAUUUUAAAGUACGAACAGGAUCUCUACGAAUCGGAAGGGUUGAAUGUACCGAAAAUAUUUUACGUGGACAACCAGGAUUGCAUCGAUCUUUUUGAGUCUAAGAGCAAUGGCAUCUUCGGUCUACUGGAUGAGGAAUCUAAACUUCCGAAGCCCAGUUUCGACCAUUUUACCAGCGAAGUACAUAGGACGUGGAAUGGCCAUUCGAGUAUUACUUUGCCUCGUACUUCGAAGCUUAAGGAACACAGAGAACUCAGAGAUUACGAGGGAUUCGUAAUCAGACAUUAUGCUGGUGGUGUUUGUUACCAAACUAAACAAUUCAUCGAAAAAAAUAACGACGCCUUUUACGCUAGUCUGGAGGGAUUGAUACAAGGCAGUAGCAAUCCAUUUCUGAAAUUCAAUUUUGCGAAUAACAUUACUUUCCUGGGAAAGCUGAAUUUCAACAGCAUCGGACGCAAGUUUACAACUCAGCUUGGUGAACUUAUGGACAAGCUAAGACUCACCGAAACCAAUUUCGUACGUUGUGUGAAACCAAACGAAAAAAUGGUCGCCCACCAGUUCAAUGGCAACAGCGUACUUGCUCAGCUAAGGUCUUCUGGAAUGAUCUCAGUUCUCGAACUCAUGGAGCACGGAUAUCCGAGCAGAGUGGAGUUUCAGGAUCUGUUCAAAAUGUACAAAUCUUACCUACCGCCUGAAUUGGCUGCACUCGAACCAAAAUCUUUCUGCGAGGCAUUGCUCCAGGGUUUAAAAUUUAACAAUAAAGAUUUCAAGUUCGGUAAUACAAAAAUAUUCUUCAAGCCUCGGAAGUUCGUAGAGUUUGAUAAUGUAAUGAAAUCAAAAUCGGACCAUCUUAAAAAUUUGAUUUCUUCUAUGAAACUCGCGUUACCUGAGGUCAGCAACCUUGGUGAUAUUAAAGAAUUGAACGCAGAGUUGGAUGCUGCCAGACUUAAGGUCAAGCAAAUUGAUCAGUUGGUUGCGAGUCUAGUCAGUCUGAUGGCUGAUCAGAUGAAAGGACUGCAGGAUACUGUGGACAAACAAAAGAUGACAGAGGAUCAACAGAAGCUAAAGAUAAUUCAGGACGCUAUGGAAAUGGAACUGAAGAGGAAACUCGAGGAAGAGGUCAGGUUGAGAGAAAAAGAGGAGAACAGACAGAAGGAGUUGGUAAUUGAAAUUGAACGAAAAGCUGAAGAAAUAGAAGACGCAAAUAAAUAUGCUGCCAUUCAAGCACAACUCGAGGAAGAAAGGAUGGCAGAAAGUAGAUACCGCGAAAAAAUUGAACAGGAGAGAAGAGAUCACGACAUGGCCGUUAGAUUAGCGUUAGAAUCGAAUGGCCAAGUAGAAGAUUUUUCAUCACUCAAACGCAGUUAUUCAGCUGGUCAGAGGCGCGAGGACUUUUUUUCUCAACAAUUUCAACGGAAAUUUGUGUCCACAUACAGAUCGGUACAGGAUCGAAGCUGUCAAGCAUCUGUAAACCUGAGUAAAUUUUACUUUUUAUCCCAGUGGCCAUACUCGCAGUUACGUGACACGAUCAACACGUCAUGCGACAUUGAACUACUGGAGGCUUGCCGACACGAAUCCCAUCGCAGACUGAAAAUAUACCAUGCCUGGAAGGCGAGGAAUCGCAAACGCACGACAAUAGACGAAAAUGAAAGAUCGCCUAGGGCAAUCGUGGAGGCUGCUGCGAAGGCUCCAGCAAUCCAAAUGAAACAAUCGAUGAUUGAAUCCUCUCAAAGAUUUUUCCGGAUUCCCUUUGUGAAACCGGCGGUCGCUGGACGAACGGAAAACCCUUACAGUGCUGAAAAACGCGGAUGGUGGUACGCGCAUUUUGACGGACAAUACGUCGCCAGACAAAUGGAACUCCAUCCGGAGAAACCGCCGAUCCUUCUGGUGGCUGGUGUCGACGACAUGCAGAUGUGCGAGUUGAGUCUCGAUGAAACGGGCUUGACCCGCAAAAGGGGUGCCGAAAUACUUGAAUACGAAUUUAACAAGGAAUGGGAACGCAACGGAGGUAGACCUCAUACGGUACCGAGUGACCGAAUGGCAAAGCAGUCUUAAAAUACUGGAAACCAAAUAGUCAUUCGAUACGUUCUUGAAUGAUUGCGUCUAACGACCAACAAUGAGGAGCAAGAGAAAUGAGCGUUGGUGAUUAUGAUGAAACUUCGGUGAGCUCUACAAUCACGAAUACCCGAUUGCAUAUUAAUGUCGUCGAUCGAUGUUUCGUCUUUGUUGUAUCGUAUCGUAUAACCAUACAAUUGAUGACCAAGUUUCGUUUCUUUCUCGUUUCCUCCAAACAGAACGACCGUUCGCCUGAUAAAUAUGCAGCGUACGGUCCUCACUGCAUUAUAGCGGUGUAUAUUUAUGCGUUAACAUAGAUAACAAUUAUUAAUGAUAUUUACAAUAACCGCACGGGGAUAAUUUUGACUCAACACGCGAUCGAUGGACUGUCGGUAACUCAAUCAAAUUUGAUUUUUGAUUUGGUUACGUAAUUAUAUAAGUAUUGUUGCGAAUUACUGAUGUCAUUCGAUCACGAGAGUGUAUUAAAUGAAUUAUUUCUAUCUUUA